AUGUUUUACCAUUUUCUAUGGAAUGGUAAAGGUGACAAAAUUAAGAGAAAAGUUAUGAUCAAUGAACCUGAAAAUGGAGGCCUGAAGAUGAUUGAUCUCUGCUCUUUCAACAAAUCUCUUAAAACAACACGGGUUAAAAAGUACUUGGACACGACUAACCACGGAAAAUGGAAAUUUCUCUUUGAUCUAGAACUGGAGAACUAUGGUCGCAAUCUCAUUUUCCGUGGUAAUCUCAAUGUCUCGGACAUUAAGAAAGAGGUUAGAGCAACAGACCCUUUCUUAAAGAAAUAUUGGAAUAUUGGGCAGAAAUAA